AUGGUGCUGGGAAAGAUUUUGGAGAAGCUUGGGAUCUGCAGUGACUUAAGCUUAUUGCGACUUGUGGUGGAUGGAAUACCACCAUGCAGAGAUUCAAAUCUUCUUAUCAAAGACCUCAAAGUAGAUGAGGUACCACUGAGGAUUUAUCAGCCCAAGUGGCCACCUGCUGGCAAAAGAAGAGGAAUACUGUAUUUUCAUGGAGGAGCUGGCACAUUUGGGAGCAUUAGAGCCUUUGAAAGAAUGUGUCGCCAUAUUGCCAAAAAAUGCGACUCAGUGGUUGUGUCUGUUGGACAUUCCAGCUAUCGCUUGGCUCCUGAACACCCAUAUCCUGGGCAAUAUUCUGAUUGUCUCAACGCUACCUUAUACUUUAUGAGGAAUUUAGAUGAGUAUCACGUGGAUCCUGCUCUCAUCAUCCUUGCUGGUGACAGCUGUGGAGCUAAUUUUGCUACGGUUAUUUGCCAAAUACUGGUGAAUAAAAGACAUCUCCCAAAAGUACGUGCGCAGAUCUUAUUGUAUCCAGGACUACAGGGGCUAGAUUUUCAACUGCCUUCCUAUCAGCAGAAUGCCUCAGUCCCCAUAUUGUCUCGGAAGCUAGUCAUCUACUUCUGUUUUCGUUACCUUAAUAGAAAACCAUCAUAUUUUGAAGAUAUCAUACAAAACUGCCAUGUUCCUGAGAGUAUGAAACGGAAAUACAAAAAAUGGAUAAGUGCUGACAAUAUUCCUGAUGAAUUUAAGAUUAGAGGCUACAAACCUCAGAAGUACACUUCGUAUAAACCCGAAGUCCAUGAAGCAAUCAAAGAAGUGCUAGCAAUGACAUUUUCCCCUCUUUUAGCUGAAGAUGCCAUCAUUUGCCAGCUCCCAGAAUCCUAUAUUGUGACCUGUGAGUUUGAUGUGCUUAGAGAUGAUGGGCUGUUAUACAAGAAGCGAUUAGAGGACAAUGGCAUUCAAGUAACCUGGUAUCAUUCUGAGAGUGGUUUCCAUGGCAUUUUAGCCUUUUUUGGCUAUGGGAUUUUUUCAUUUUUAUCUGGAGAAAAGAUAAUGGAUAAUACUGUGAAUUAUAUAAACAGUCUAUAAAAGUAUUUUUCUUGAAAAUGAUGCAGGCCUUACACUAUCCUUGGAAUUUAUGCUUGGCAAAGAAUGCAAACACAUUUAUGUUUUCUAUUUUGACUGUAUGAGGAAUCUAAUUUCUCAUUCUGCAGUUACUUACCAAAAAUUCUAAGGUUAUUUAAAGCACCACCAUUCUAGAAAACAUUAUAAUAAAAACAGACCAAUGAAAUCGAGCACCUCCAGCCAUUCCAGUAGCUGGCACACUGUCAAGGCAAAUAACAUAGAAUCACAGAAUUAUUAAGGUUGGAAAAGACCUCUAAGAUCAUUCAGUCCAACCAUCCACUUACCAUCAAUGCUGCCCACUAAACCAUCUCUUCCUGAAGUUUUCUCUACAGCCUAGAAAUGCUGAAGACAACAACUGGAGGCCACUUUGGCCCUGGUGAAGGUAGGAAAUGUUUGUGGAACCUGUCUUAGGUUCGGUGAAGUCUUGUGUCAGAUAUGCAUUUUAAUGCAGCUAUGCAUUCUAACUCCUAGGGUUAGCUCACACAAGGACUACACUUUUCUUGAAAUAAAGACUUCUUUCUGAAACUGAAGUUCUCAGUUGGAAUUACUAUGAGCUCAAUUUUGUUUGGAAUCUGAGAAAUGAUGUUUUCCUUUGGGAUUUGAUUCUUUAACUGGAACCCCCACACUUCAGUGAAAGCUCCACCUGUUAUUCUGUUUUUCUUUUAAAAGUUCUGACAACUACAGUUGUAAGAAGGAAGAGAAGUGGGACAUUGCAUUAUCUUACCAAGAAGCUGUAAUGUCAUGGCAAUGUUGUGAUGCUUUCAGCAACAGCAACAAAAAUAAAAACCCAUACUGUGAAAAUGUCUGUUUUAAGAGCAAGUUAAAUUUGCUUAACACUUAUUCAGUAACAAAUCUAAAUGCUUGGUGAAAGAAGCAAUGCAACACCAGCAGUGACCACAGCCUUGCUAAUUUUACCUUGUCAGAUCUGUCAUUUCUUAGC